UGAAAAAAGGAAGCAAUGCAGCAACUCAAAUUCAGAGCAAUGCUCUCCACAGCCACAUACAGAUUCAGCAGCUACCCCUCCUCGCCGCCGCGCUUGUCUUCUGCAGCUUCGGUCGAAUACCCACCACUUGAUCACCACCCUCAGUGGUCCGGCCUCGACCUCUGGCGGCGCAGCCCACUCAACCGCGACCGGUAUUGGGGUCCAAAUGGCCCAAUUGAAAUUGAAGUCAGACCAACAACUUCUUCUCCGCCAUCGUUGAGCUCUUGCUCUUCAUUGGCAGAAAUGGGCGGUGUUGUUCUCUCCUCUUCGGAUCCCCUCACAAAAGCCAAGCUUACACACUCGGCCUAUACCAAAUGGCGCCUUGGAGAUCUCCCCGUUGGUGUUUCUCACCCUCCUUCUCGCCCUGCUCGUCCUCCCAAACCCCAAUUGGUUUCGCCUAAAGAAAUUCCACCACCAAAGAGCUCGGGUUUGCCUCUGAAUGCAUAUAUGCUUCAUAAUCUCGCACAUGUUGAGCUAAAUGCUAUUGAUCUUGCGUGGGAUACAAUUGUUCGAUUUUCGCCAUACAUUGAUCUUCUCGGUGAAGGUUUUUUUGCUGAUUUUGCUCAUGUAGCUGAUGAUGAAAGUCGGCACUUCACUUGGUGUACACAGAGACUGGCUGAGCUCGGAUUCAGCUAUGGUGACAUGGCGGCUCAUAGUUUUUUAUGGAGGGAGUGUGAGAAAUCGUCAGAUGACGUUGCUGCUCGUCUUGCAGUCAUCCCAUUGGUUCAGGAGGCUAGAGGAUUGGAUGCUGGACCUAGACUUGUGAAUAAGUUGAUGGGAUUCGGAGAUCACAGGACAUCAAACAUUGUAGCAAAGAUAGCCGAUGAAGAAGUUGCACACGUGGCUGUUGGUGUUUAUUGGUUUGUUUCUGUUUGCCAGAAAAUGGGGCGUGCCCCUGCUUCUACUUUCACAGAGAUUCUACAAGAGUAUAAUGUAGAGGUGAAAGGUCCUUUCAACCAUUCAGCUCGACAAGAAGCUGGUAUCCCAAAGGAAUGGUACGAUCCUUUAUCCACAACCAAGGAAGAAAACAAGCUUUCUAAGGUGUACGACAGACUUGCUUGCAUUAUUUCAAUGGAACAGGAAAACUCAAGUUUGGGAAAGUAGAUUGAAUGAUUGUUAUGCAACUCAAGUUCAUUUCUGAUAAAAAUUUAGAAGAAAAAAGAAGUUCAUCAACAAUUACAAAUGGCUCUGUUGAAGUAGAAUCUAGGGAUAUAUAAGUUGAAUUCUAUGGACGAAGCUUAUUGAUUUAUUUUCCAAUAUUAAAAUCAUGAGCAGCUACAAGGAGUGAUAGUCGAGCACCAAUUCAGGUAAAACCAAGUAUGAAAUUACUAUUAUGAGGAUUCGUUUUGGAUUCAGUAACACAUUGUACAUAUAUCAAUAAUUUAGUACUGGUGUUAUAU